GGCAACCCCAACAGGCACAGGAGAGUGUGGGGAACGAAUGGGGAGCGAAAGAGAGCGGAAUAGGUGCGAAAAAUUUGUAGCUGGUUGGAAAUUCCUUGAUUUUGAUCCGCAAAGAAAAGUAAAUAGCAAGUGCCGGACAGGAACACCGAUAGAUGUGCGUGCCCCACGAGCAGCACCCGACGCGAAUCGCCACAUCCGCAGCCAGCGCCUGAACCAGCGCAGUCCAGUCCAGUCCAGAGAUUUCGCCGAAGCCCACAGUGCAGCAGAUCCGCGGAAGACAUGUUGACGCACAAAACUUGUCAAGCCCGUAAGAAAAUGCAGGUUUCCUUUGUGAUACGGGACGCGGAGGAGAAGCAGCAUCGGAAUGGCGUCAAUGCACUCCAGCUGGACCCAAACAACGGCAAGCUGUACUCGGCAGGGCGCGAUGCCAUCAUCCGGGUGUGGAACACACGCACGGAGUCCAGUGAGAAGUACAUACAGUCGAUGGAGCACCACAACGACUGGGUCAACGACAUAGUGCUCUGCUGUAAUGGACGAAACCUUAUCAGCGCCAGCUGUGAUACCACGGUGAAGGUGUGGAACGCCCAGAAGGGCUUCUGCAUGUCCACCCUCCGCACCCAUCGGGACUACGUGCAGGCGCUGGCCUACGCCAAGGAUCGGGAGCAUGUGGCCAGCGCCGGGCUGGACAAAGCCAUCUUCCUGUGGGACGUGAACACAUUGACAGCUCUGACUGCCAGCAACAACACGGUGACCACAUCUAGUCUGACCGGGUCCAAGGACUCUAUCUACAGCCUGGCCAUGAAUCCCGCAGGCACUGUCAUCGUGAGCGGGUCCACCGAGAAUAUCCUGCGCAUUUGGGAUCCACGCACCUGCAUGCGCAGCAUGAAGUUACGCGGCCACACGGAGAACGUUCGCUGCCUGGUUGUCUCGCCCGACGGUAAUCAGGUGGUCUCCGGCAGCUCCGACGGCACCAUCAAGGUGUGGAACCUGGGCCAGCAGCGAUGCGUUCAAACCAUUCACGUGCACAAGGAGGGCGUGUGGUCGCUGUUGAUGAGCGAGAACUUCCAGUACAUCAUCUCCGGCAGCAGAGAUCGGAACAUCAUAGUAACCGAAAUGCGGAAUCCCAGCAACAAGAUGCUGGUGUGCGAAGAGCAGGCACCCGUGCUUAGUUUGGGCUACAACAUCGACAAGACCGGGGUGUGGGCCACCACCUGGAAUUCGGACAUCCGCUGCUGGAAGCUGCCCAUGUACGACAGGUGUACGUUAAACUCCUCCGGCGGCAUGGACGCCCAGUGGACGCAGGGCGGCACAGAAGUCGCCUGCAUUAAGGGCGGGGCUGCCAUCAAAGAGUGCACGGUGCUUAACGACAAGCGUUAUAUAAUAACCAAGGAUUCCGAGGAUCAGGUUGUCGUCUACGACGUGCUGAGAGUAGUUAAAAAGGAUCAGCUGGGGGCAGUCGACUACGAGGCGGAAGUUAAGAAGCGCAACAAGCAGGUGUACAUUCCAAAUUGGUUCACUGUCGAUCUGAAAACAGGGAUGCCCACGAUUGUGUUGGGCCAGGAGGAAGUGGAUUGCUUCGCGGCCUGGGUGUCCAUUGAAGCCGGCCUGCCGGAGUGCGUGGAUCCCACAACAGAGAUUAAGAUAAACUAUGGCAAACUGCUGCUAGAGGCCCUUCUCGAGUACUGGACACCACCGCAUACCAUACCACCAAACGAAAUGGAUCCGGACAUGCAUGGCAAUGGUUACUUUCAAGUACCAAAACAUACGCCCGUUAUCUUUAGCGAAGUGGGCGGCCGGACCGUAUGUAGGCUCUUAGUGCGCGACGCAGCUGGCGAUAGCGAGAGCACGCUGCUUCACGAGACGGCGCCACAGUGGGUGACCGAUGUGGUGAUCGAAAAGAACAUACCCAAGUUCCUGAAAAUACCGUUCUUCCUGCAGCCUCAUCCGCAAAUGACCAAGCCAGAGCGCACGAAGAAGGAUCGCCUGGUGGCCAAUGAGUUCAUACAGUGUCGCAAGGUGUGCGAACAUGUGCUGGAAAAGGUGCUCAAUGCGGAGACCACGCCUAGCGGUGGCAAUAACGCUAACAAUUCCCUGCAAAAUAGCCAGAGCGAUGCCAACUCGGAGGGAUCGCAACUGCCGGCGGAGGAGCGCAUUGAAUUGUGGUGCAACGAUGUGGUUGUGGAUCCCAAUAUGGACCUGCGCACGGUGCGCCACUUUAUCUGGAAGCAAUCUACCGACCUUACGUUUCAGUACAAGACGAAGCAGAACUUCAACUACGAUGGUUCGAUCGGGGAUAGCCUGGAGCGCGUGACGCGCAACAAGUAUUGAACGCCUGGUAUGUGAUCUCCCGCCUAACCGAAGCAGCAGCAGCAGUGUACCGAUGAUGCAUUAUUGAUAGAGAAUGAGAUUUGGCGCAGAUCGAUUAACCAUUUUAUAUGUAUUUAUGAACGUCUUUGUCAUUCGAGGAGGAAUAUGUUUAAACAUUUCACAUAAAGAGCACCUCGUGCUCCUAUUUGUUUUGUUUUACUUCGCCUCUUUCCGCGUACUUCAGAUUCAGACUUAUAACAAUUAAGCUUGCGACACAACACACACGUAGAUAACUGCAGACAUACCAUUUACAUGUAUUUGCAUCUGAAGCAUCUAGACCUAGGGAAUUGCGCCUAUGUGUAUGUAAUAUUCACAAUUGUUUCACAUUAGGUUUAUAAAUAUAUAUAAUUAUAUACAUAGAACGUAAGUACAUCUAAAGAAUCUGUUAAAGAUACAAAAAAUCAAUGCAAUUGUAGAAAUCCAACCUGUAAAACGCUCUAUGCAAGCCAAUUUGUACAUAAGUAA